AUGAUUGGAUCAGCCCCGACUAUUUUACAGUUAGAUAACGGCAAAGAAUUCAUAGCACAAACUAUCAAAGAAUUAAUUGUGCUAUGGCCAUCUGUGAAGAUUAUCAAUAGACGCCCUCGGCAUCCCCAAUCACAAGGUCUUGUUGAAUGGGCUAAUGGUAUCUUAAAACAAAAGUUAGGAAAAUGGAAAAAAAUGACCG